CAUGCUCCGUCCCCUCCCACUCUGCAGACCGGCUGAAGGCGGGCAUGUGGAGCCGUAAUCACACGUCACAGGCGGCUUCGUUAUUUAAACUUGAAUCGAGAGGAGUGGAGGAAAGUUUUCUCAGACGGGACAGCGUUGCCUAGCAGCUGGGCAGAGGACUCUCUACUUCACCUUUUUGUUUCCCGUAGGCUAAAACCGAGGCACCGCGGAUAUCCCCUCGUUCUAUCUGCUUGUCAUCCACAUCUUUAUAGCCAAACAUGAGCCAGACCGUGACACUAAAGGGACCCUCUCCCUGGGGUUUUCGCCUGGUGGGUGGACGUGAUUUCAGCACACCGUUAACCAUCUCCAGGGUAACACCAGGCAGCAAGGCGGCCCAGGGCGACCUGUGUCCAGGCGACACCAUCUUGGCCAUCAAUGGCGACAGCACGGAGCUCAUGUCACACAUGGAGGCUCAGAACAGGAUCAAAACCUGCACUCAGCAGCUUACACUCGAUAUCAGGUCUGGAUCGGGAGAGAGAGUGUGGUCGCCAACAGUUAGUGAAGAUGGCAAGACAAGCCCUUACAUGGAGCCCGACUCACAGAAUUUCCGUCCCAUCACCAGCGGAUAUGGUGGUCCCAGUCUCAAGUCUUCAUACACCCCUGAACCCCAGUACCCUCCUUCCCCCCAGUACCCUCCUUCCCCCCAGUACUCUCCUGCUCCCCAGUACCCGCCUGCUCCCCAGUACCCUCCUGCUCCCCAGUACACUCAAGCCCCACAGUCCCCACUGGCUCCUCCCCCUGCACCGGCUCCACAGCCCCCCCACCUGAACAACGGGCACUCCAAAUCCAACAACGGCUACAGCUACGGAUACGGGAAAGGAAACGAACGCGCUCAGUUCAACAACCCAGCAGGACUUUAUCAAAACGGCAGCAAUGGAGAAAGAAUUCUGCCAAGCAAGAUGGGAGGCCUUAACCUCAGCGCCUCACAAAGCCCGGAGCCUCCCUCACAAUCCCCUGUGAGCCGCAAUGGUUUCGACCCGCAGUCAGACGUCUACAAGAUGCUGCAGGACUAUGAAGAGCCCGUCUCUGCACCCAAACAGUCCGGCUCCUUCAAAUACCUCCAGGGAAUCCUGGAGGCUGAGGAUGGAGGUGUUUCCCCAACAGACAGAAUGAGAAACCUAAAGUCACCUAUCAUGUCUCCAAUCCCUAAACUGGGAAGCCCCAUCCCGAGCCCCAUGUCCGGUCUUCAGAAGCUGCCCCAGUGCACACGCUGCUGUAACGGCAUUGUUGGCACCAUUGUGAAGGCCAGGGACAAGCUGUACCACCCUGAGUGCUUCACGUGCGAUGACUGCGGCGUCAACCUCAAGCAGAGAGGCUACUUCUUCAUCGAGGAGAGUCUGUACUGUGAGACCCACGCCAUGGCGCGCGUCCAGCCCCCAGAGGGCUACGACGUGGUUGCUGUGUACCCCAACUCCAAGGUGGAGCUAGUCUGAAUCAGAGAUGGAGCUGGCUAUACUGUAAUAUAACUGGGGAGGUAAAAUCUGGGAGAAUGGGGGCUACUGAGUAUUUUAUCCUAAAUGUAUCAGGCUCUGUCAAGCAGGAAUGCCGAUCUUGCAUAAGUGUUGCCUUUGGGAGAUUCCAAUGAACUGCGUGUGAUCCAAGAUAAGCAUUUCUACACUGACAGUCUUGAUAAAUGCUAUGUAUAUUGAGAAUAUUGUAAUUUGUUGACAGAAUAAGGCUUGGAUCUCAUGAGUAUCCCAAAACUCAAGCUGACAUUGUAUGUCCCAAGCUGAGAGCCCUCAUCUCUCAAUCAGUUUGUUUACGUUCAGUUUUACGUCCAAGAAACAUAUUGAACGAGUUAGGGCCUUAUUCAGAAAAGAUGUUCAUAUCCACAUUACAAGCACGGCAUAUUCAAUUUAAAAACCAAGAAACUGCACAGAUGGCAAUAGUCUGCAGGUAUUAAACUGAAAUUGUUAUGCAAUUUGAAAGCACGACACCAAUAGACUCCAAAUAUCUGCUUAUCUAACAGCCAGAACAUUCGUUAUUUUACCAGCAUAAUAUUCAAUGUCGCAUGACACCACUCACUCAAGUGUGUGGGUGUGAGAUGCAGGUUAUCACAUGGCAGUUUGGAGUAUGUUUGCUUUGAUGAACUAUGCAGAGGAAUUAGUAGUUUUUCUGCUAUCAAGCUAAUUUUGCAUUUAGAUAUAAUAUAUAUAACACCAUUUACCCUGCAGAAUGUCAGUUUGUGUUUUGCCAAGUAAUUUAAGGUAUAACGAUUUUUUUACAGAUUUGGUUAAGGGGUUUAAAGGUUUCAGUGUCUUUUUAACCAUGUUACAAUUACACCUUAUACUCCUGUUAUGAUACAUGGACGUUUGCAUUUAGUCAUUUACAUCUAUGCAGUUUAUAUAUCAGACUUUCUAUGUUACAAAAAAAGAGGAACAUCUCUUUAUUAUGCUCACUUUCUGCUUAAUUUUCAGUUAUUUGAAACAAUAAAUAAUAAUUCAUUAUACGCAGAUUUCUACCUAGUUAUGAGUGUCUGGAGUGUGCUUUGAAGCAGCUAUCCAAGCAGCCCCCCCUCUGAAAUGUAAAUAAACCCUGCUGGAGACAUCCUCUGAUUUCUUUUAGGAACUAAAGAAGUUGUUGAAAAUCAGAUCCCAGAUGUGAUCACAACCACUUCAGUUUAAAAACAACUCAAUUGCAAGAAAUUAGACUUUAAUGAUUAAGUAGCCUAAUGCAGUGCGUGCAUGCAUUCAUGACUUUUUGAAAGCAUGUGACACACAUUUAAAGACGAUUGUAAGUUAAGUGCUCUCAGGAACCUAACUGAGAGAGGAAUGUCAGCUUUCAUGUAUGUUCACACUCUAGAAUUCCUUUACAUAAAAACAAGAGCAUAGAGUUUAUGGUGUGCGUAUAUUCAAAACACUUUUUUCAACAAUAUGCUCUCCAUCUCUCAUGACAAUUUGAAAAUGAUCAUGUGUACUUGAGACGGGAGACAUAUAUUUUAAACUGCCCACAGCCUACAACAUGUGGGAGUAAUUCACUUUUUUAUUUUUUUGGACCUGAAACAUAGAUGCAUUACUAUUCUUUUUUUUCUGAUUGGACAGAAAUUGGAAGUAUGCACACUUGUAUUCCCUUCCUACUAUGACCUCAAAUUUCUCGAUGAAAAACAUAUAUUUCUUUUACAUUUCCUCUGAGAGAGGGGGAACAGAAAGGGAGGGAGGUGAGAAAGAGAGAUGAGGAUGUUUUUAUGGAAAGAAGCGUGCCUUUUUGACUCCAAUGUGGGGCCAUUUGUCUUGGCUAAUUGUGAAUAGUGAAGUAAAAUGGGUGGAGGAGAGUGAUCGUAUUCCUAAUUUUAGAAAUAUUUCUAACAAAAUUACUUUUUUAUUUGAAAUGAGACCAUUAACUUUGCAGUGCUGAUGUCCAUUGUUUUUUAGAUAUCAACAGUGAUGUGUAGCUGCUGGUAUGCCAUCUAUACUAGUUAUCUUGUAAAUUAUGUGAAAAUUAUAUUGCUACCACAUUGUUUCGUUGGUUUUGUACAUAUUUCUUUUAUCAUGAUGCUUUAACAUACUGUUUGUAACAUGUCACUCGCGUGCCUUUGCAUACCCAGUGUCUUUUAAAUGAUUUCCUUGACACAAAUCUACUUUUUCUGUUUAACUUAUUGUUUUACCAACACAUUUGUUUGUUCCUAUAUGCUUUUUUUUCUAGAAUCAAAAUAAAAUGAGUGCAUUACCAUGA